UUAUUCAUUCAAAAAAUGUGUCAGCUUUGACAGUUAGAUAACCUCACAUGUUAUCGCCUUAUUUAUUCAAAAAAUGUAACUAAAAACUUGAUUUAACCCUUGUUGUUACUUCCGGUGGGACAUCUACAUGUUCUAAAUGACUUUUAUGUAGCCCCAAAACAAUGUGAGUCAAAUUCCGAAAUCGUAUUCUUGAGGCAUCAGAAUUAGAAAGUUGCACUACUUCCAAUAAGACGAAAAUGUCGCAGAAAGUGGAAAAAAUCAGUCCUACGGUUUACAUAGUUUUUAUGUCCCUUUUAUUGGAUUUACUAGCAUUUACCAUGAUUCUCCCGUUGUUACCCUCACUGCUUGAAUAUUACAAAAUAAACGACACCACAGGUCUGUACUCAUGGCUUUCAAGACGCAUCCAGUUUUUCCAAGAGUUUGUGGGGGCCCCGGAGAAAUACAAUUCGGUACUUUUUGGGGGCUUCCUUGGCUCAAUGUUUAGUUUUUUGCAAUUCCUUGUCUCCCCCAUCGUCGGGGGAGUCUCAGAUGUUGUGGGGCGAAAAAAAGUCAUGGUCACAUGUUUGAUUGGAAUAUCAACAUCGUAUGUUUUGUGGUGCUUAUCAAGUAAUUUAGUUUUAUUUAUUUUGGCACGAUUUCUGGGGGGAAUAAGCAAAGGAAACGUUUCUUUAAGCAUGGCUAUAAUCGCUGAUGUUUCAACAAUGAGCACACGAGGCAAAGGAAUGGCUUUCGUUGGUAUUGCUUUUUCUUUGGGUUUCAUCGUGGGGCCGUUAAUAGGGGCCAUAUUUGCAGUUUGGGCCAAGAAAAAAGUCGGAAAUUGGUUCAUAGUCCCUGCACUAUUUGCACUCUUAUUAUCACUUGCUGAUUUAAUUUUUUUCAUUUGUUGUUUCAAGGAAACUUUACCGGAGGAAAAACGUGCCAAAAGUGUGAAAACAAGUCUCAAAAGUGCCAAAUCUUUCAUUAAUUGGAAAGAUUUAUUCCAGUUUAAAGCCGUAACUGGCUUAAAACCGUCCGAUAUGUUUGAAUUGAGACGUCUAGGACGGGUCUAUUUCGUCUAUUUAUUUAUUUACAGUGGGCUUGAAUUCACCCUAACAUUUUUAACCCAUCACAUCUUCAAUUACAAUUCAAUGCAACAAGGGUGGAUGUUUUUCAGUAUUGGGGUCACAAUGGCCCUGAUGCAAGGGGGGUAUGUGCGUCGAAUAUCGCCCCAAAAAAUCAAGCCCACUGCUAUUUGCGGACUGUGGAUUAUUGUGCCUUCAUUUGUUUGCGUGGGGUUGGCCCAAGGGCCCCUUUUACUCUAUUUCGGCCUAUUUUUAUUCGCUGUUUCAACAGCAAUGGUGGUCCCGUGUAUUAUGACAAUGGCUUCUGAACAUGGUAAAGAUAACCAAAAAGGGACAGUUAUGGGCAUUUUUAGGUCAUUGGGGGCUCUAGCACGGGCCUUAGGACCGAUUUUCGCCAGUAUUGCGUUCUGGAGCGUAGGGUCGAAAAUUACAUACUUGUGUGGUGCUUUGGGGCUACUUUGGCCCGUCUUGACUUUAACAAAAAAGCUUUAACAGUAUUUAUAUCAGUAUUUAUUUGAGGAAAAAGGAAAUACAAUAAUUUUUGACUUUAAA